ACCUGAAUCAACGUAGGAUGCGGAACUGAGUUCGCUUUCGUAGCCAUUGUGGAAGGGAAGAGAAGAGGAUGCUAUCAGCAUUCUCGAAGACCACUCAAAGGCACUGAUAAGAGUGGGGCGUUCUGGCUAUCUGUUCUCAUAAGAAGCUAUGAUUUUCCACGGGAGAAAGAUGGACACUGGACAGGGUCAUGAGAUCAUAGACACUUCAGAGCCCUCAUAGCCACAGACUUGAUAGCCGAAUCUAACCGACCGUCCGAGCUACUUGUGGCUACAUAUGACAUGUGGCUGCAAGGGCAUGUUUGGCCAGCUUGUCUAGCCAAAAGCUGGCGGCGCCUGGUAUGACAGCACGCGUUUCUUCCAAUCCAGUCGAACGAAGGACGUUUGUGAGCAAACUAUUUCCGUUCGAUGGGAACCGCAUCGCUCUGAGCAUGAGCGUGCACUGCAUCCAUGGUGAAGAACAGCAUACUAUCUGUUGUCGCUGUUGAGCGUGCGAGCGCCGUGCACCACGGGGAGAGCCAUCUCGGCUUAGUGCGACUUGGAGAAGAGCUGCGAGAAAACGGACGAUCAAAUCACAUCACAUGCGACCAAGUACUACGAACACAUCCGAGUUUACUCUCUCCCUUCCGAAACUAUGUGUCUGGCUGGAUCUUCACGGCUUUUCAUCUGCUUUCAUCGAUAUUCUACGGCGACCAAUGGACACAUGUGCGUCUUCUGGGACCGACAUUAUCUAACAAGUGCUUGAUCCCAUCCGUCAAUCUCCUGGAAGCGUCAAUAGACUGCAUGCCCUGGGAUGCGCCGCCGGCCAAUCUUGGUUCCGUCCGAGCUUGCGUUGGCUUUCUUGAGCCCAUGUGUCGAAAUCCGCCACUUCGGCGUCGGGCGCUCGUUGGCUGUGAACUGUGGCAUUGUUCCACUGAGGCAGUGUGUAUGGGGAAACGCUGCGCAGACACGGAGCCGAGUAGUUUCCCUCCUGCCUUUGAUCAUGUCACAAGUUGACGAACAUCAGGCCGAGAAACGAGACACCGAUGAAGCAACUCUCGAGCGCGAGAGGGCCAGCGGCAACAAGCUCUGGAGCGUCUACAUCUACGAGGCGCAAAAGUACGAUCAAGGCCUUAUCGAGGGCUGGCGCAGUGAGAUGGAUGGACUGUUGAUCUUCGCCGGUCUCUUCUCCGGUGUUGUGACGACAUUCAUCAUCGACAGCUACAAAACGCUGAACCCCGACUCGGGCAGCCAGACCGUCGUACUGCUCAGCCAGACCGUUGCACUCCUCAGCGAGAUCUCGUCCCAGCUUGCGAGCAUGAACAAUGCCACGGCGGUGGCAGAUGCACUACCUCCCCCCGCUGCCUUUUCGCCCCCGGUCUCAUCUCUCGUCUGCAACGCACUUUGGUUCGCCAGCCUCGGGCUCAGCUUGUCAAGCGCACUCGUUGCUACACUGGUCAAACAGUGGGCGCAGGAGUAUCAGCACCGCACAUCGAUGUUCUCCUCACCCUCUGUGCGGUCGCGUGUAUAUAUGUAUCUCUACUAUGGUUUGCGCCGCUUCAACAUGCACGCCGUUGUUGGCGUUCCUCCGCUUCUCCUGCACGGGGCACUCCUUCUGUUCUUUGCGGGUCUAGUCGCAUUUCUCGUGCCCAUCAAUAUCUUCAUUAUGGCCAUAAUAUCCGCCCUGCUACUUCUCUUCAUCUUGGUCUACGGAACAUUCACCGCACUCCCCUAUUUUUCUUCAACAGCCCGUACCAGACACCACUCACGCGAAUCCUCUGGUCGCUGAAUCAGAGCUUCCGAAGCGUGCUGAGGGCUUAUGUUCGAAACAGAGCGCCUCAGACCGACAGUGAGGCCCUCGCGGGAUCUCCGGUACCUGGAGACACUCGUCCUCAGAACCAGAGCAUGGUGGACGCCCUGAAAUGGGCAGCACUGCAUCGUCCUAGAGAGGCUGCUGUCAAGACCGAGACUCGGGCUGUUGCUUGGACCAUGCGCGCUCUCUCUGACGAUCUUGAAUUUGGGCCAUUUGUUGAGAGUCUUGCCGAAACGCUGUGGGACUUUGAUAUAGCGAAGCCACGUAGCGUAUAUCAGGCGCAUUUCGAGAAUCUAUUGCGGGAUCCGCAAGUCCAUCUCUGCCAGCGACUUGCGGAUUUUAUGGCUGGCUCCAACAGUAAUCUGCUCGACCCCAAGGAACGCGUCCGCCGCCAGCUCUCCGUACUUCGGGCCAUCUGGGCGAUCUGUGCUUUCUCUCUUCACAUAGGGUCGCCUUUAAGAAGUCCAAUUGGAGACGCCGAUGUCGACAACGCGCUGCUCGGCUCGAAAUUUUGUCAUUCCGACGAAGUGCAGAGCAUGCUUCCCGACGUGUCCGCUCUGAUCCGUCUGAACACGAUUGAGUCUCAGAGCCGGGAACACGCCCCCACAGAAAAAAGCAACUCCGACGGUGACAUCCGCGCCGAAGCGAAGAAGCGACGACAAGCAGACAUGCAUCGCACGUACGCGCAGUAUCUGGUGGCACUUUCCAAAUGCGCUGCCAGCUUUCAACGAGAUGUGACCAACUCACUGUUCCACCAGUCACAAAUGCUCUUCAAAGUCGCGGAUGGCUACAUCAAUCUGCAUUGGAGUCUCCAAUUGGUGAUCCGUUCAGCAUCGGACGAGACAGCGGACAAUCUCGUUUUUGCUGCUCGCCAGAUCAUCACCCCGUUUGCCCAGACAUCGGACUAUCCAUGGUGGCUGAAUUUGUUCGGUCUUGGGCCGUUCCUGGUCCGGCAUCCAUCCCUGAUUGCCUCCGACCCAAAGUCCGACUUACAGCCUGCUUCGAAGUAUCACUACACCCGAUACUUGUGCCACACUCUAUGCGAGAACUUGGAGCGGCGAUUAGAUCUCCCGGAAUCUGUCGACGCCCUCCAGCUGAUUUAUCGGCAUUUGCUCCAGUUUGACGAGCCACCAAGAGACCUGGUAACCCAUCUUUUGGUCCUCCGCACUCUGCAGAAUGAAACCGCCGACAUCCGCACACAUCGUUUGGUUGCCAUCGUCCAGUUUGUUGUGCUCAGAUGUUUCUUGCUGGAUUCGUCGGAAUUGGGGGAUAUGUCGGAAUGGGAGAAAUUACCAAGUAUCUUCGACGACAAGGACUGGUUCCGCGCCGUGAUCGGUCUUGACAACGAGAAACGGACGGAGCGGGCAUUGGCACGGCAAAUCUAUGACUGUGCUCAUGUGGGUGUUCUGACCACUUUCAUCGAGCAUUGUACCACUGGCACCUGGAGUCCGGAUCAAAUAGAGCAGGACCUGAACUUGGAGACGUUCAAAUUGAUACCCUACGCAUUCACCCACAUUUCUUCGAUGAUCCCUACUGAACUGCAACAUCGUUUCGCCGACGCGGCCUCUGCUUUCAUCCGCAAAUAUCCGAAGGACUGUCUUCUGGGUGUGGAUGACUUGUACUCAGUGCUUCACUGGGCCGUCAAGGAGGAUGUUGGGUGGAUCACCGAUGUUGAUGCAUUGCAGGUCCUGGACGCGGCUGUGUCGGAGGUGCAGACAGACAAUCAGCAGGAAUCACACCAGAGACAUGCUGAAUGGAUCCGUGUGCAGAUGCAGAAGCGGCUCCUUCUCCCCGAGAUCAUUUUUGCUGCCUUGAUCUCGCUCAUGAGUGACGGAGAGUGAAGGAAUCAUCGGUCUUCACCCCUCUUACGGAAAGGCAGAACACAAAUUGGAGAAACCGCUACCCGGAAGGUCCCUGAGGAAAAAGAUGUAGAUGGCACUGCACAGUCAGUCACAGUAGAUAAUCAUUUUCUACAAUACAAUCCCAAAUCAUUUCACCUCCAGUAAAAUAGCUAUGGAAGUCAGCCAAAGGGUGAACUAUAUACUCUGUCUUGAGCAACACUGUUCCCUGAGGAAGCUUUGCUGAUGAAGCAGAUCAACAUACUCCUCCAAUGUUUCUGGAGGACGAGCAUGGGCGAUGGAUGAAGCCACUCAUAUUGGAUCGUCAGAUAGCUCCCAACAGCGAUGAUGACUCUUUUCGUGCCAUAACUUCAGAUGGCUCUAUCCAGCGGGGGCGGGGCCGAGGCCAGGUAUAUUCAUCAGGGUAUCUAGUCGUGGGAAAUAAAG